CUCAUUUAAAGACUUUUUAAAGAAUCCAUAUGUCUGUCUGUGGAGAAGCAAGUGAACAGGGAGGUGUGCGCGUUCGUUUUUACCUGGAAACAGGUAGUACUGUAAUGAAACUGGGUACACUGAAGAUCUAAAAUGAUUGAAACACUGGACCCGAAUGUUACCCUUGUGGAUGAUGAUAACUGGACUUUUCCCAAUGGCUCCAGUGAAUUCUUCUUACCUCACAACAACGUCACAUAUGUUGGAUAUUAUCUGCAUCAGCCAUCAGUGGCAGCAAUCUUCAUUGUGUCAUACCUGCUCAUAUUCUUGGUUUGCAUGGUUGGAAAUGGAGUGGUGUGCUUCAUAGUCUUACGGAGCAAAAACAUGCGCACCGUCACCAACCUUUUCAUCCUUAACCUUGCCAUCAGUGACCUUCUUGUUGGGAUUUUUUGUAUGCCAACCACUCUUCUUGACAACAUUAUUACAGGCUGGCCAUUUGGAAGCAUGGUGUGUAAAAUGAGCGGUAUGGUCCAGGGCAUAUCAGUCUCAGCCUCCGUUUUCACCUUGGUUGCAAUAGCAGUUGACAGAUUCAGAUGUAUCGUGUAUCCCUUCAAGCAAAAACUGACAAUAUCAACAGCCACCUUAAUCAUAGUGAUUAUCUGGGUCCUGGCAGUGUCAAUAAUGUGCCCAUCUGGCGUCAUGCUUCAAGUGACUAAAGAACAAACCAUCCGUGUGUUCCUGGGAGAUGGCAACAGAACGAGCCCUUUCUACUGGUGCAGGGAAAACUGGCCCAACCAGGAAAUGAGGAAGAUCUACACCACAGUUCUGUUUGCCAAUAUUUACCUAGCUCCACUUUCCCUCAUAGUGAUCAUGUAUGCAAGGAUUGGGAUCACUCUGUUUAAAACAGCUAUGCCAACUGGGGCAAAGCCUGGCCAUGAUAACCGGCACUCUGUGUCAAAGAAAAAACAAAGAGUAAUCAAAAUGCUCCUUAUUGUGGCCUUGCUCUUCAUCUUGUCCUGGUUGCCUCUAUGGACGUUGAUGAUGCUAACAGACUAUGUUAGACUUACUGAACACCAGUACAGGCUUAUUAACAUCUACAUUUACCCUUUUGCCCAUUGGCUAGCCUUUUUCAAUAGUAGUGUCAACCCAAUAAUUUACGGGUUCUUUAAUGAAAACUUCCGCCGUGGAUUUCAGGCCAUCUUUAAGUUCAGGCUGUGCCCUGUUGGUGGUCAACAUCGGACCUAUUCGCACAGGGUGCAGGGUAAUUCUGUGCAGCCGGUGAACCUCCAAGCCUCCACAGAGCCAAUCUCUCUUAACAGCAUGGAGAACAACAGCUCAAGGAGGAUGAAUCAUGUCAAUGAGCAAGACUUAGUGAUGGAAGACUUAGAGAAAGUAUCAGAAUGCAGCAUGGAAGGCGCUUCUCUUUAA